CCUCCGCCUGGCAUUUCUCCUCCGGUCGCGUGGGUGCCAUGGCAACGGAGACAGGCCUGCAACCUGGCUUCCGGAAGCCAGGGAGUUGGAGCGUGCCAGCCGCCAGGUCAAAGGAUGCUGAGUCCGGAGCGCCUUGCUCUACCGGACUACGAGUAUCUGGCUCAGCGACAUGUGCUCACAUACAUGGAGGAUGCGGUGUGCCAGCUGCUGGAGAACAGGGAGGAUAUUAGCCAGUAUGGCAUUGCCAGGUUCUUCACUGAGUAUUUUAACAGCGUAUGCCAAGGCACUCAUAUUCUCUUUCGAGAAUUCAGCUUCAUCCAAGCCACACCUCAUAAUAGAGCAUCAUUUCUAAGAGCAUUCUGGAGGUGUUUCCGAACUGUAGGCAAAAAUGGUGAUCUGCUGACCAUGAGGGAAUACCACUGUUUGCUGCAGUUACUGUGCCCAGAUUUCCCACUGGAGCUCACACAGAAAGCAGCCAGGAUCGUGCUCAUGGAUGAUGCCAUGGACUGCUUGAUGUCUUUUUCAGAUUUCCUUUUUGCCUUCCAGAUCCAGUUUUACUAUUCAGAAUUCCUGGACAAUGUGGCUGUCAUCUAUCAGGACCUGCUGUCAGGCAAGAACCCCAAUACAGUGAUUGUGCCAACAUCAUCCAGUGGGCAACACUACCAGCGACCCGCCUUGGGCGAGGCUGGCAUGCUGGAAGGAGUGGAGGCAUCGCUGUUCUACCAGUGCCUGGAAAACCUGUGUGACCGGCACAAGUACAGCUGCCCUCCUCCAGCGCUUGUCAAAGAGAUUCUGAGCAACGUCCAGAAGCUGACUUUCUAUGGAUUCCUUGUGGCCCUGUCAAAGCAUCAUGGAAUCAACCAAGCACUGGGAGCUUUGCCUGACAAAGGGGACCUGAUGCAUGACCCAGCCAUGGAUGAGGAGCUGGACCGGCUGCUGGCUCAAGUUCCAGGCCUGGUCAAUGCCACUUCAGAGGCCAGCUGUCUCCCUUCCCGGACCUCUUCCCGGGUUGGCUCCCCAUGGAGACCCCUCCAUCACUCCCGUAAAGUGGACACAGAGAGCGAUGGUUCCACUGAAGAGACAGAUGAGUCUGAGACUUGAGGACUCUGAAGGGGGGAAACCUGCCUGUGUCCUGUACCUUGUUCCCACCCUGCCCUUGCUUUCCCGUUCAGCAUCUUGCUGUGCUGCUCUCUGCUGGAGAAAAGGCUGAGUAACAGCCUAGCCAGGAGACCUGCAAACAGCGACCAUAAAAAUUUCAUAGACCCUAUCCCCUGGGUCUGACAGCCCUAAGUUGAGGCUAUCCUGAGGGUACUUCAUAACUGGGAAGGAGACUGACCAUACUCUUGUUGGCAGCCCUUCUUACCCUUCUGUCCAGCCUGACAGUCCCAGGAAGGAUUAUCUCAGCAGCUCCAGAAAGGGAGAACUAGAAUAGUAGCGUGGGCCUUGUGCGGUCAAAGGUGAUAAUAUAAGGCAAAAACAUAAGGCCUGCUGGAGAAAUGCGCUACUAGCUGGGAUAAUGGAGGGGGUGGGCAAGAAUUUCACUUUCAAAAAUCUGCUUUGUAACUUGUGUGUCAAAUAGUUAAGUCUGAAAAUAAUAAAAGUCCCUUGUGUCUGGCAA